GUGAUGCGCUUUCCCCUGGUUUCCUCCCCCAGCUCAGCCAGUCCUUUGCUCACUCACUCACUCCACCACUCCUGCUUCGCUGUCGGCUCCCCCCCCAGCUGAACAGUGUUCGCCCACCGCAGCAUAACACCGGCUGUUUUUGCCCUCCUGCUCCUAAAGCCAGCCUCUCAUCAUGACCUCCUCCUUCUGCGACUCUACUGAGAUUCGCUAAAUGGGCCUGGCGGCUGGCCUGAGGUUUCUAUUAUUGUUUUAAUGAGGACAGCCGUCCGGAUCUGAGCGGUUCUGGCGGUGCGUCUCUGAAUCUGAAGACGCGUUAAAGGUCUGCACAUGGGGGCGGGCAAAAGCAAGCCCAAGGAGCCGGGCCAGCGCUCCAUGAGCCUGGAUGGUACUAUAGGCACAGGCUCAGACAGCGGACACUUCCACCACCUGGGCCCCACUCAGCAGACCCAGACCCCCAAUAGAAGCCCCGCCGUCGGCACAGGAAGGCGGGGGUACCAGGGGCAGCAUCAGCAUGCCCCAACAAAUACCCCGGAACUAGCUCUCUUCGGAGGUGUGGACCACACAGGAACUGUUACAUCUCCUCAGAGAGGACCUCUGUCAGGAGGCGUCACUACAUUUGUGGCGCUGUACGACUACGAGUCGCGGACGGUGAGUGACCUGACCUUCAGGAAAGGCGACCGGCUGCAGAUUGUUAACAACACGAAAAAGUACAGCUUCAGAGAAGGGGACUGGUGGCUCGCCCGGUCGCUCACCACAGGAGAGAGUGGCUACAUCCCCAGCAACUAUGUGGCUCCAUCCGACUCCAUCCAAGCUGAAGAGUGGUAUUUUGGGAAAAUCACUCGACGUGAUUCUGAGAGGCUCCUUCUGAACCCGCAGAACCGACGAGGAACCUUCCUGGUGAGGGAGAGCGAGACGACUAAAGGGGCGUACUGCCUGUCAGUGCUGGAUUAUGACAACACCAAAGGCCUCAAUGUUAAACAUUACAAGAUCAGGAAGCUGGAUAGCGGCGGGUUCUACAUCACCUCUCGCACCCAAUUCACCAGCUUGCAGCAACUAGUCUUCCACUACCGCAAGCACUCGGAUGGGUUGUGUCAUGCUCUGACGGAUGUGUGUCCAGUGGCCAAGCCUCAGACGCAGGGUUUGGCCAGGGAUGCCUGGGAGAUUCCACGAGAGUCCCUUCGCUUGGAUGUUAAACUGGGGCAGGGCUGCUUUGGAGAAGUCUGGAUGGGUACAUGGAACGGUACAACGCGGGUAGCCAUUAAGACCUUGAAGCCGGGCACGAUGUCUCCAGAGGCCUUUCUGCAGGAAGCACAGGUCAUGAAGAAGCUGAGGCAUGAGAAGCUGGUCCAGCUGUACGCUGUAGUAUCUGAGGAGCCCAUCUACAUUGUGACGGAGUAUAUGAGUCAAGGUAGCUUACUAGACUUCCUGAAAGGAGAUGCUGGAAAGAUGCUUCGUCUGCCACAGCUGGUGGACAUGGCUGCUCAGAUUGCAGCAGGUAUGGCUUACGUAGAGAGGAUGAACUACGUCCACAGAGACCUGCGUGCUGCCAACAUCCUGGUAGGAGACAAUCUGGUGUGUAAGGUGGCCGACUUUGGUCUCGCUAGACUGAUUGAAGACAACGAGUACACGGCAAGGCAGGGUGCCAAAUUUCCAAUCAAGUGGACCGCACCAGAGGCUGCGCUGUACGGCCGUUUCACUAUAAAGUCAGACGUCUGGUCCUUUGGGGUUCUACUAACAGAGCUUGCAACCAAAGGCAGAGUUCCCUACCCAGGUAUGGUUAACAGAGAGGUGCUGGAUCAGGUGGAGCGUGGCUACAGGAUGCCUUGUCCAGCAGAGUGUCCCACUUCACUGCAUGACCUCAUGCUUUCCUGCUGGAGGAAGGAUCCAGAGGAGAGGCCUACAUUUGAGUACCUGCAGGGCUUCCUAGAGGACUACUUCACCUCAACAGAACCCCAGUAUCAGCCUGGGGAGAACCUAUAGAACCACGUACUGUACAGAGCCUGAGCGGGGAGUGUUGCCUCAGCACUGAAUGAUCUGCACUAACCGACCUCAGAGGAGGAUCUGAGCCUCUGAAACUAAUCUGUGAGGAACUUCUUCAGUGGAAACCCAACCGAGACCAAAAGCUGCAGAAGUCCCUCUGUGUUCCACACAGGAACUGUUCCAGAACGAGAUGAAAUAAUCUAAGUUCUGGAAUCAGUCACAGCUGACCCAAGUUCUCCUCCAAUCCGAGCUGUGGCUGGUUAUUCUGACUCAGACUGAGACCUGCAGGUAAACUGUAUGUGAGGUGCAGUGGAUGUGGGAGGAACCAAAUCAGGACGUAGAGAUGGAGUGAGAGUUUAGAGAACAAACAUCAGGGUGUGAAGGAAAAAGGGAAAGGAAUAGAUGUGUUUGGAGUAAACUAGUUCCCUCCUCUCUUGCUUCUCUGUACCAUAAUCCAGUCCCUUCUCCACCACACAAAGUGCUGCUGCUGCGGCUCAGCUGCCAAACUUAAGUCCUUCUCUAUAUCUUCUCUGCCGCACUUUUGCUUUUUCUCUCCAACUUUCAGUAUCUCUUCAGUAUUCUCAAGUGCUGCUUCUUUAACGUGUCUCAAUUCUGAAACUCCACUCUGCAUCUUUUUCUUUCAGUUUAUUCCGACAGCCUUUUGCGUUGAAAGGUAUAUGUGUGUGCGCUUAAUGGAAGACAAACUUUCUGCUUUUUGCUUUAUUUAUAUAUUUUUUUCACUAGACAAAUUUGGUAAACUCCCAAUCAAGCAGAGCCAGGAGAAGCUGGCAGGGUUUGUGAUGCUGAAAUGAGUUCAUUUGAAGCCCUUUUCUCCUGUUUAUCGUGUUUAAUCCAAACCUCCAUUAAAACGACUCUGAUGCAGGUUCUGUCUGAAUGCGUAUUGUUUUGUUAGACCUUAGUUGAAAGCAAACAGCUCUGUCACAGGCACAUAAACAAAAAAAACAGCGCUGAUCAAAUCUGUUUAAUGUCACAGGCACAUUAGGCAACUUUAGCAUGAGGAAGAAACAUCAAGCCGGUAACUUCCAUGAAAUAGUCGUGGUCAAGGCUGAUAUGACCAAUUAGACCAGUUAUAUCAAAUACAAGUCCUUUGUAUUCUGUGCCAAAUAUCCAUAUGUACAUAUAUAUGCUGGCAAACUGACAUUCAGAACAAUAGUUAAGUGAGUUAUUUUUUUAAACUUGCAUCAUUAAAAAAAUAUAUGCAACUUCGAAGCCCUAAAGAAGUGGUAAACCUCUCAUCAGGUAAACCUAAUAAAACUGUUUGAGUUCAUUUUGAUGAUUAUUAGCAUGUUUUUCUGCUCUUUUAUUCUUGACGGUUGGUUGGUUUUGAUUUAUGCUGUAUAUCCUGUGCAUUCAAGGUUCAGCUGAGACACGGGGAUCAUUUACAGACUCUUAUACACUGGUCAUCAAAUCCUUCCCCACCGUUUUUCUUUUCUUUCUUUUUUUUCCGGGUCACUCUUGUACAUAUUGUAGCUCAUAAAGUUCACUUUUUGCAAUCCAUCUUUCACAUUCAAAAGGCAGGUGGGCAUCUCACGUUUCACAUGAAAGUAGAAGGAGCUGGUUAGAUGUUUUAGAAGUGUUGAUAAGGACCAUGCAGCAAUAAGAGAUGGACGUCCACCAACAAGCAGACCACCGUCUCCAUUGUGGCUAAAUUAAUGACCUGCCUCACUGAUGAAUCACAGGCAGGCAGUGCAGGUAGUAAUUAUACCGUAUAAUAAGGUCAAAGAUGUAAAUAUCCUAAUCAAAUGACUGUGACGAUCAUGUUUUUUUUGUGUGUAGCUUCUCUUCCAUUUCACUUCUUUUAACAAACGCCUACCCUAUCGAAUCUUAGUGAUAUACUAAGAUUACUACAAACAGGGCUGAUAAAUGUUUUUUUUUUUAUAGUUUUUAAAUCUCUCACUAAAAAAACGACAUCACAAUUGGGCUUGAGGUAAAUACAAAAGAGUAAGGGCGCUCUGUGACAUUUGCGCUUUUCUUUUUUUAGAAUGGGAAUUACCCUGUUGAUGUGGACACUGAGCCACCACUAAGUCACCGCAGCUUUGGGGAAGUAAGCAGGCGUGUGACAAGAAUGAGUAACUCUGAGGUCAAACUGUGCCAUAUAUUUCAAAUAGUGUCUCAUUCUUCCCCUUUUCUUCAUUAUUUGCUUCAAUGGUUUAUAAAUCUAUGCAGUUUUUCUUGCAUUACUACAACUUUAUGAGCGUUUUGUUCUAAAGUCAAAAACAUGAUCGAUGACAAACAGUUUGAGCGUUUUGUAAGGACUUCUCAUCUAUUUUUGUUUUUAUGUAACAGGAUUGAAAUAGGUAUUGUGCCACUUUAUGUUCUUUUAAAUGUGCAAUAAAUUAUAUUUGAACUGUGUUUUGAUAAA